AUGAGCUCUGUCAUCUUUUUCACAUUAGCUUCAGCACUUCUUGGACUUGCGGCCUCCGAGUCCUCCCGUGUAAUCGAUGCUAAUUUCGCCGAUCCUUGCGUGGUUCAAACAAGUGACGGGUAUUAUGCCUUCGCCACGAAUGGAAACGGCGUGAAUGUCCAGGUCGCAUCAUCUUCCGACUUCUCAACGUGGAACCUGAUGUCAGGCACGGACGCCCUGCCCGGCCCAUUCCCAUCUUGGGUCGCAUCAUCGCCUGCUAUCUGGGCCCCCGACGUGAUUCAAAAGAAUGACGGGACAUUCGUGAUGUAUUUCUCUGCUGCUUCAAGCGAAGAUUCUAGUAAGCACUGUGUUGGUGCUGCCACUUCUCCAAGUAUCACAGGACCGUACACCCCACAGGAUGGUGCAUUGGCUUGCCCGUUGAGUCAGGGCGGUGCAAUUGAUGCAGAUGGAUUUAGUGACGGAGGCGCUUACUACGUUGUCUAUAAGAUUGACGGAAACAGUCUUGAUGGUGAUGGAACUACUCAUGCUACUCCCAUCAUGCUGCAGGGUCUGAACUCGGACGCGGUCACUCCCAAUGGAGAUCCCAUCCAGCUGCUUGACCGUGACGAUGCCGAUGGGCCGUUGAUCGAGGCUCCAAGCCUUGCAAACGUAGGCGGGACCUACUAUCUUUCGUUUUCUUCCAAUAUGUACGACACGACCAACUACGAUGUUAGCUAUGCCACAGCUUCAGCGCUCACUGGACCCUUCACCAAAGUCCAGGCACCCAAUGCCCCUCUGCUUGUAUCUGGGGACUCGAGUAAUGUGGGAAGUCUGGCAGGACCUGGUGGUGCCGACUUUAGCGCGGAUGGUUCGAGAAUUAUAUUCCAUGCCUUUGAGAAUGGCCAAAACAUUGACGAUGGCCGCGCGAUGUAUGUUGCAGAAAUUAGUGUUUCUGGUGGUGUGAUCACUGUCCAGUGA